UGGCAACUUCAAAGGAUCAAGCGUGAGACUCGCCGCGAUAUCAUCUUGCACCAACUCCAGGACUUCUACAAGAUGCCUUGGGAACCUAUAAAACUCAAUAGUGGCUAUUCUAUGCCAAGCAUAACUUUUGGAACGUGGAAACUCGGCAAUGGUGAUGACCCUAUAAGCCAGGUUGACCAAGCAAUCUCUGUCGGAUUCAACCACUUUGAUACCGCUCAAAGCUACAGAAAUGAAACAGAAGCUGGAGUAGCGAUUCGUGAGAGCGGUCUAGCGCGAAGUGAGAUAUUCAUUACUACCAAAUAUUCCGGAACGGACGGACUGGAUAUCAAGACGUCUAUCCAGAAUAGCUUGAAGAAUCUGGGAGUCACCUACGUAGACCUGUAUCUCAUCCAUCAUCCGAGGCUCGCAGUCCCUGACAUACCCACCGUAUGGAAAGAAAUGGAAGCUCUCCAGGCAAAGGGACUGGCAAAGAGCAUCGGCGUCAGCAACUUUGGAGUCCAUGAGAUCGCGUUGUUACUGGCCUCUUCCAAUAUCAAACCUGCAGCUAACCAGAUAUUGCUCCAUCCAUAUGUAUACGCCCGGCAGAGCCCUAUUGUUGAAUACUGCCAAAAGGCGGGUAUUGUCAUUGAAGCCUACAGUCCUCUUAUGCAUGUUUUUCCACUUACGACGCUUCCUGGAGGCCCAGUCGAUGAUCCAGUUAACGAUCUCGCCGCAAAGUACGGUGUGACUCCUGACCAGAUCCUUCUGGCAUGGACCAAAUCGAAAGGUGCGGUUGUCGUAACGACGAGCUCGAAAAAGUCCAGGUUGGAAGGGUAUCUGAGUGCCGGGGACCUUGAACUCUCCCCAGAGGAAGUGACUGCUAUUGAUUUAGCAGGUGCAGCUAUGCCUAGACACUUGAAGAUCGCACGCCGUGUAGCUGUAACGUGUCUUGCAUCUACUGUUGCAUGGGGAAUCCUGCGCAUGUUGGGAUAUUGAGAUGAAUCGCCGUCACAACGUUUACCGUGUACUUCUAUUGCAAAUCUACUUCGGAAUCAAAUUACCAGUGAGAUACAAAAUUCUUCAGAAAGU